AGGAGACAGAGAGGAAAUCCCUUCAGUUCUUUAUUGUCCAUAAUCGGACAAGUCUUUAGGUUAGCUACAAGAAAUUUGUCAUGAAAAUUAAAGAAAGAUACGGGGAAGAUCAAAAUUUGAGUGAUAUGAACAGUCUCAGUAUUUCCGACAAGAUUGGGUUUGCCUCAGCUUCUACCACAACCUUUCAGAUAAGUGAGCCUCAAGGCCAGAGGAAGCCAUCCACAUGCUGCGCUCCAACGGCCCUUGGCAUCUACCUGCUGCUGCUGACGGCCGGCCAGGGGCUGCUGGUGUACAAAGUGUUUAAGAUGGAGAGAGAGAUAUGGAAAUUUCAGGAGCAAAAUACCUCCUAUACAGAAGAGAUUCUGAAGAGCUCCUUUGCCAACGGUCUGAUUUCGGAGAGAAGCUCUGCUGAGUACUUGGGACAGGAAGAAAACUGGAAGAGAAGCGUAGAAGAGGAAAUUACCAUAAUCAAAAGCAGCAAUGCAAACCUGAUGAUGAUGGUGAGCAACAUCACCCUGGUUGCAGGUCCUCCUGGACGCAAAGGAGAUCCUGGUCUCCCAGGGCUACGGGGACCACCGGGGACAAAGGGAGACCAAGGAAUCCAGGGCUUACAUGGACCACAGGGCGAGAAGGGGAGCAAAGGAGCUCCUGGUCCUGCUGGUUCAAGUGGUGUGCCAGGAGUGAAAGGAGAAAAAGGACAGAUGGGAGUUCCAGGUGUCCAAGGACAGAAAGGUGACACAGGCAAGAAGGGAGACCCUGGGUCACAUGGACCCACAGGUCCUCAGGGUCAACAGGGAGUCCCAGGACUACCAGGUUUCAAUGGUACCACAGGGAAGCCUGGACCUCCUGGGCAGAAAGGAGAGGCAGGUGUACCUGGACGACCUGGAACUGUGGGAAGUCCUGGCCCUGAAGGCAGAUCUGGUCAGAAAGGGGAGAAGGGGGACCAGGGGCCCAAAGGUAGCUCAGGAAUAGCAGGCACUGAUGGACUCAGAGGUGAAAAAGGAGAACAAGGAGUAAGAGGUCUUCCAGGGCAAAAGGGAGAAAAGGGAGACCAGGGCCCAAAAGGCAUCCAAGGCCUACCUGGUCAAAAAGGAAGCAAAGGUGAUUCUGGCACUCAGGGUCAAAAAGGAGAACCGGGACCAAAAGGAGCCAAGGGAGACCGAGGAUUGUCUGGUUCCCCAGGAGCAAAAGGGAGCAAAGGUGAAAAGGGAGAAGCCGACUCCAAUCAUAUACGGAUCGUGGGAGGAAGCAGGAGGGGCCGUGUGGAAGUCUUAUACCAAGGGGUAUGGGGAACAAUAUGUGAUGAUCACUGGACCUUGCAAGAGGCUGCUGUAGUCUGCCGAAUGCUGGGAUUCAGCCGUGCAGUCUCUGCUUUCACAGCUGGUGGAGGCACUGGAACAAUUUGGCUUGACGAAGUAAAUUGCAGUGGGUCUGAAAGUUCAAUUAUCUACUGUUCAAAGAACAGCUGGGGUUCACACAACUGUGGCCACAGCGAGGAUGCUGGAGUGGAGUGCAGUUGAUGGGACACAGAAGCUGCCCUGGGAGCCGCUGCCACCUCUACUCUCUCUUGGGCUUUUCUUCAUGAUGCAAACCCAAUUUUGUCAGGCUGUGCAUAUAGUCUCCUUACCAGGUCAUAAAAGUAUUGACAAAGAGAUUUGAAUUUUUCAUAAAUCAGUAAUGGUUGCAAGACCCUCAGGUAACCUGGAACAUCCCAGCUGUCACCAAACAAUUGGAGCUCAGGCAUGUGAGCCAGUUCACAGCUUUUCCAGCUACCUGACAUCAGCUCACCUGCAGGAGCUUACAAGUGUGUGACCUCUAAGUACACAAGAGGGGAGAUGGUCCACGUUAGGUUAGUGCAGUAGGAGAAGAGGCUCAGUGUGCAGAAACAGGGAGUUUCUGCAGCUGAGCUGACUAGUCCAUCUUCAUCACAGUAGGAUUGUGAACCUGAGCCUAAACCCCCCAGGGAGUGUAUACACCCAAGACAGCAGAUGCUCAGAAAUCAUCAGAUGAACUCUCUGGCAUGCAAGUAUAAAUACUCUCCAGAAAUGAUGCUGAUCACAGGUUAAAGUGCAAAAAUAAGUGCCUGGGAUCUAAGUACCGUACUAUCCUGGUUUAGCAUAGCCCUUCUUUUUGACCUUAGCCAAGUCCCUUGCCUUCUCUGUCAGUAUUUCCUAACCAGUCUCCAGGAGCAAUACCUUUUAGCUUAUCUGGUGUAUAAAGCUAAGCAUUGAAUACCUUUAGAAAUUAGAUGAUCCAGUAAAGCAAAAGGAUGACAAAUAAAAAACAUAUCAAA